AUGUACGCCUUAGCAUUCAUUGCAGCCUCAGCCUCCGUGGCCCUUGCCCAGAGCACGAGCCUCUGCGAGCAGUACGCGACCUACUCAAGCGGUUCCUAUGUUAUCAACAACAACCUCUGGGGAGAGGGCUCCGGGUCCGGUUCCCAGUGUACCUACGUGACGGAUGCGUCGGACUCGGGCGUUGCAUGGAAGACCACUUGGAACUGGUCCGGCGGUGACAGCUCAGUGAAAAGCUACGCCAACUCGCAAUACCUUUUUGACAAGAGACUGGUCAGCGAAGUGAACAGCAUUGACACAUCCGUCGAGUGGAGCUACGACAACACCGACAUCAACGCCGAUGUUUCGUACGAUCUGUUCACAGCAGCGGACAUCAACCAUGUCACGUACUCUGGUGAUUACGAGCUGAUGGUGUGGCUGGCCAAGUACGGUCCCGCCCAGCCCAUCGGCUCGCAGAUUGACACGGCGACCAUUGCCGGCACCUCGUGGCAGGUCUGGUAUGGCGGAAGCACGCAGCAGACGUACAGCUUCGUGGCUUCGAGCCCGAUAACUUCCUGGAGUGGAGACAUCAACGACUUCUUCGAGUAUCUGGUCAGCAGCCAGGGCUUUCCUGCGAGCAGCCAGUAUCUGAUCAACAUGCAAUUUGGCACUGAACCUUUCACUGGGGGCGAAACGACUUUCAGUGUGGAUCAGUGGUCUGCGAGUGUCAACUGA